GAUAGUUUGCCACCACUGCACUACACUUCAUUGAACGCAUGUGUUUCUGUUUUUCUGCAUUUUGAUUACGCCUGGAAUUAAAAUUUUUAUUUAUCGCGAUGAGUGACGACGAGGAACAAUUCAAUCCAAAAGCACAUAAAAAGCUUUUGCAAGGUAUCAGCAAUUUAGGCAAAGUUCAACACAUAAGGCGAACUACACGCAACGAGCCUAUUAAACAGCAGGAUGAGUUUCAACUGGUAAAACCAGCAGUUGAAUCAGUUGCUCGCCAUCCUGUGGGCAUACAUGACAUUGUCAAGGUGUUAAAAACAACUAAAAGGCAUAUAGACGCUGGGAAGCAGUUGAAAGUCGUGCAGUCGUCGAAAAAAGUGCUUGCCAAACCCUUGGAAAAGCCACAAGCCGAACGUAUUAAACGCGGACUCGGUUAUGAGAAAGCAAAGAAAAACUUGGAGCAAUGGGACGCCGUUGUAGCCCAAAAUCGCAAUGCAGAAACACAAGUGUUUCCUCUACGUUCGGAAACUAUAUAUGUAGAUACAUCCUUACACCGCGCACCAUUACAACGGUCGCUUAAAUCUGAAUUGGCGCUCGAAUUAGAAGCGGAGCAAGCGCGUUUAAAAGCAGCGAAACGGGCCUUGGCAGGUGAAACGGAAAAUGAAGAAGAGCAGGUGAAACGUGAAGAGGAAAUGCUACAGAGAAAACUAACUCGUGAUGAACUUAUUGCACGUCGUAGAGAGUUAGCGUAUUUGAAGAUCAGAGAGUCCCAAAAGUCAUUAAAAGCACGGAAGCAAAAUAAAAUUAAAUCGAAAAAGUAUCACAAGUUAUUAAAAAGAGAAAAAAUGCAAGAUCAAAUCAAGCAGUUUGAGAUCUUACAAAAAACCAACCCUGAAGCAGCUUUGGAAAAAUUAAAUGAACUAGAAAAAAGUCGUGUAUUAGAAAGAGCUAGUUUGCGACACAAAAACACAGGGACUUGGGCCAAAAAUUUGCAGAUACGUGCAAAAUAUGAUAAGGAUGUAAGAAAAGACUUGGCUGAACAAUUGCAUAUCAGUCGGCAAUUAACUCAAAAGAAAAACGACACUGAAAAUGAGGAUGAAGACGACAAAUUAACAAAAACUUCACAAAUAGAAAUUGAGAAAGAGGUGAAUGACUCCGAUCCAUUUAAUCCAUGGACCCGUGUAGGCAAUCUUCAAAAUGAGAUCCGACCUUCGGAACGCGAGGGAGAAAAUUGGAGGAAAUAUUGGUUAGAGCGAAACGAAAAUGAUAAAAUGCUUCAUGAAUAUAAAAAGCUUUUGGCCGAAGAAGGAAAUGAACGCUCUAAUGAUGGUGGUGAUGAAGAACGACCUGCACGUAGUGAUGAAGAACAGAAAAUGGAGCAUGAAUUGGCAUAUACCUAUGGUACUGAAAAAUGUAAAGCUGUAUCAAAAGAUACGAGCAUUAAGAAGAAAAAGAUUAAAACUAAAACAGAAAAUAAACAAUUGAAGCAAAUAAAUAAAAAAUCUGUUCAAGUCAAACAGGAGAAUAAUGAAAAUUUAACUAAAGAACGGGUAGUUGAGGAUAUUAACAAAAGAGAUUCAACAAAUGUACCGAAUAGCAAUACUGAAAACAAUAUCGAUGAUAUUUUUGAUAAGCAAGAAGACAAAAUUAAACGAAAAAUGACUAAAAAGCUAAAAGAACUACAGAAAAAAGCAAAACUUCUGCAGAAGUCCCAGUCUAAAGAUAAGAAGAAUAAAAAUCGUAAGAAAAAAGAUGAACUAAAGAACUUGAAAGAUUUAGCAUUUAAAAUAGAAGUAAAACGGCCAGUGAUAGAUGAAGAGCUUAAUAAUGAUAGCCUGGAGGGGAGUAAUGCUGAAGUGGAUUUGAACAAAAUUGUUACAGAAGUCGACAAUAGUAAAAGUCUUCAACAAGCUAGAAACAAAGCAAAGAAACCAUCAUACGUACCUACUUCUUCUGAUAACAACACAAUUGCUACGAUUGACCCAAAUAAAUUAGCCGACGUAAAACUUAAACAUAAUGUAAAUAAUUUUAUCGGCUUGAACGAUACAUUAGCCGUUGAUGAUGAUAUUGAUAUGAGUGACGGCGAUGAGCAGGAGAGGAUGCAUAUGGAUCAACAGAUGACAAUCAGUGAGGCAUUUGAAGAUGAUGAUAUUAUCGCUGAUUUUACAAACGAUAAAAAAAAAGAUACAGAAAUCACAAAUGCAGAAAUUGAUUUAUUUAUGCCGGGUUGGGGCUCAUGGGCAGGCGCUGGCAUUUCAGCAGAACAACAAAAUGCUAACAAAAAUAAAAGACUUGUUCUUAAGUUAGCUAAAAAAGAAAAACGCCGUGAUGAUAAUAAAGGUAGUCUAUAUAUUAAUGAGUCGGCUAGUAAACAGUUACGCACACACCUCGUAUCUGAUGUGCCAUUUCCAUUUACAAGUGUCGCUGAAUAUGAAGCAAGUAUUCGUGCAACUAUUGGGCGAAAUUGUGUUCCAGAGACCGCUUUUCGCAUGCUAACAAGACCAGCUGUAAUAACACAUAAGGGUCAGAUAAUUGAACCGAUGGACAAAUCGGAACUGAUGAAACCUCAACGUAAAUUGAGGCAUGUUGUUGACAAACGCAUAGCGAGAAUGCAGGAAGUAAAUGGUCCAGAAGCUAUAACAACUAAAUAAAUAAUCUAAGAUAAAAAUUGUAUACUCCUAGUAAACAAUAUAACAGCAAUGUACAAAAAUUGCUAAAGCUGAAUGUAUGUACAUAGUAAUGACUGGAUAAUGUAAAUAGGAAUUUCGUUAUGUAUAAUUGAAAGAAUUAAGAGAAUACAUUUUAAACUACAUUUCCUAAAGGCCAGUGUUUCAGUGCCAGUUUAAACUUAGAUUAAGUAAACUGAGUUCAAAUUGAACUGCUGGCUACAUUUGAUUGGCUGAUCUUAGUUUAAACCAGCCAGAUCGGGCGUUUAAACUUGGUUUAAACCACGACCAUGCACUGAAAAACGGCCUAAGAAGUUGAUUACGACUUUAUUUAAUCAUAAUUGGGGUUGUUCAAUUGUUAUGUAUAAUGAAAGGAAUUAAGAGAAUAAAUUUUAAAUUACAUUU